AGCUGGCUACCUGUCCUUCCCGACGGUCCUCUUGGCACGUUCGUGGAAAACCUCGGACCAGGGCAAGUGGUCGGGCGGCAAGUGCUCGCAAGUCCAUUGCUGGGAGAGAUACAAGUUGGUAUAAUGGCCGGGCGUUCGGGAAUCGAUGUAGAAAUUAUUAGAGCGAAGAAUCUUGUGAUCAAGCCUGGCGUCAAAAUGAGUCCAGCCCCUUACGUCAAAGUGUACUUGAUGGAAGGGAAAAUGUGCGUGGCGAAGGCGAAGACGAAUCCAGUCAGGAAAACUACUGCUCCACUCUUCCAGCAGCACUUGAUAUUUAACGAUAGUCCAAAGCGAAAAAUGCUGCAGAUCACUGUACUCGGUGAUUACGGAAGAAUGGAGAGGAAAACAUUUAUGGGUAUUGCCUUGAUUCGGUUAGAUGACCUACGUUUGGGCUCAGAACCGGUGAUCGGAUGGUACAAACUCUAUCAUAGUUCAUCGCUGGCUGGAACGGGCCCUGUGCGAAAGGACUCGGAAACAUCAUUAGCUGGACCAAACAUGUUACAUUACUAA